UCAAUGAACAGCCUAUAGGUUCAGUUGUUUAUGUUGCUUUUGGCAGAACAACAGUCUUCAGCCAGAACCAGUUCCUUGAAUUGGCCCUUGGUCUUGAACUUGCAGGCCGACCAUUCUUGUGGAUUGUUCGACCAGACCUCACAAAUCGAUCAUUCGCCGAAUACCCAGAUGGGUUCGCUGAGAAAGUGGCCGGUUGGGGGAAGAUUGUCGAAUGGGCACCUCAAGAGGUGUUAGGUCACCCUGCAAUUGCUUGUUUCUUUACACAUUGUGGUUGGAACUCAACAAUGGAGGGUGUGAGCAGUGGCGUGCCAUUUCUGUGUUGGCCUUACUUUGGGGACCAAUUUCAUAACAGAAGCUAUAUUUGUGAUGUCUGGAAAGUUGGUUUAAGGUUAGAAUACGAUGAAAAUAAGAUUGUAUCGAGGGACGAAAUUAAAAACAAGAUUGAGAAAUUGCUUUCUGAUGAUGAUAUGAAAGCGAAUAGUUUGAACUUGAAGGAAAUUGCUAGAAAGAGCAUUGAGAAAGGUGGAUCUUCUUGUAAGAAUUUAGAAAGAUUUGUCCAACAUCUGAAACAGUGAUGAAGAUGAUGAUUGAUGCAACUAGUUUUACUGUUUGUUAGACUCUGGCAAUUCAAUGCAUUGUUGUAAAAUCAUGAAUUGAAAUGUUAAUCGUUUUGGUGA